AUGUCAGACUUCAAAACGACCUCCGAGGGGAUCCAGGAGAUCUCUCGCUUCAGCCUCGAAUCUUCUGCUCCAGCGGAAGCAACAAUUACUGAUGUGAGGCACCUGGCGUCUUAUAACUGGAUCGAAGCAUCAACACCCACCAUUGCUGUCCCGGGCAGUCCAGCUCAGUGGUCCGCUCCACCAGGAUCCCGUCAAGUAAAGAAAGAUAGCGGCCUUGUUUAUAUUUCUCAGAAUGCCGCUCGUCAUCCUGAUAGCCCUCUAGAACCAUUAUUUCGCUCUCUUUACAUUGAGCAACCCUCGUUCGACAUAAACUCAAUCGACAUUGUGACCGAUCGAAACAACAUUCGUAAACUUCUGUCGUUUAUCAAGCCGAAUUUGAGCAAAAACGGUCUCGAUGCAUUCACCAUCCAGGUGGACAUGACCGCUCAGACUGCGAUCUUCUCCCGUAACGAGACCGCCACCUAUGAAGUUAUUGGGCCGGGCGAAUUUCGGGGCUUUGGACAUGAAUUCGAAAAAGCAUAUACGAUCACUCAGGUCAAAGACAGCACUGGGCACCAUCGCAUAAUCUCAUACCGACUGGGUGGGCUGAGUUUCCUCGUGCGCCAUGAGACAGACGGGUUUGUUGGAGAUUUGAAAUCCAGUGUAAAGGAUGACGAAUCAACAGAGGACAAUCUUGCCAAUAUCCUCAAUUCCUUGUCCCUCACGCCGGAAACACCUUCCAUAGACGAUCCCUCUAUCAAAUCCAAGUUGACUAUCAAGAGAGAAGGUCGGAUAGCAUCACGGGAAUCAACCCUAGAGAUCAAAACUCGAGUUUUCCACAAACCUCUGGAGCUGACAGAGGUUGCGGCUCAACUCUGGAUUUCUCAAACACCCAACCUUGUCCGGGCUUAUCAUCAACGUGGAAUAUUCUCGACACCAAAAGUGGAAGAUGUCACUGGCGCGAUGAAAGACUGGGAAAAGACCCACCAGGAUGCUAUCACAAAACUCGUUGCACUAAUUAAAUGCAUUUUACGAGUGACCAGAAACUGGGGUGGUAGUUCCACUGUUAACUAUGAUCCCUUGAAAGACAAACUCGUGAUCAAGAAUAGUGAGAGAAAGAAGGUGCUCCCGGAGGAUCUUUUUUCUCGAUGGGAAAUACCCAUCCCCGCCAAUGUCACCAAGAAAACCUCUGUGCAUGGCCCAGAAGUUACUCAAAAAAGGCCCAAUACUCGGAGACCUACUGCGGCACUUGACCAGGAUGAAGUCCUUCCAAAUGGUAUCAAAGCAGAGCCGGCUAAACUUCGACCUUUUACUAUAUCCGCUCUUGCAAACGAACCAGAAUCAUAG